AUGAUGGAACACCAAAUUGCCUCGCCCAAAGGCGCCCGCCGCGGGCGGAAGCGCAUCGGCCGAGGAGAUGCCGCCGGUGGAGGUAGCUACGCCGGGCGGGGCAUGAAAGGACAGAAAUCUCGGUCCGGACGAGGGCUGCGCCCCGGUUUUGAAGGCGGACAACUCCCGCUCAUCAAGGGUCUCCCCAUGAAACGCGGUUUCACCAACCGCUACAAGACCCAUUAUGCGUUGGUGAGCCUUGAAACCUUACAGGAGCGGUUUGAGCCCGGCGACGAAAUAACGCCAGAAAAGUUGCAUACCCUGGGUAUCAUCCGGAGAACGCGCCUACCCGUCAAGGUGCUUGGAGACGGCGAGUUGCAGCACAGCCUUAACAUUUCGGCCCACAAGUUCACCGCUGCGGCGCGAGCGAAAAUCGAAGCCGCCGGCGGCACUGCGGUAGAGCUUUAA